GGCUCGAGGCCGCGGCGACAUGGGGGGGCGCGGAGGAGGCGACGCCGGAAGUGGCGGGGGGACGGGUCCCACCGAGGGCUCCUCUCCGCCGGCGGCGUCCACCCGAGCGGCGGCCCGAGCCAAGGCCCGGGGCGGUGGGCGUGGCGGCCGCCGGAACCCCGCGGCCUCAGUUCCCGCCGGGAGCCGGGCGGCGCCGCGCCGCUCCCCGCCGCCGGCUGCCAUGAGCGAGCGCCUCCGGCCCAGGAAAAGGAGAAGGAACGGCAGUGAAGACGACCACCAUCUUCCCCCUCAGACCAAGAGAAGCAGUCGGAACCCCGUCUUCCAUGAUUCCUGGGACACAGAGUCUUCCAGCAGCGACAGCGGCGGCAGCAGCAGCAGCAGCAUCAACAGCCCGGACCGGGGCAGUGGGCCGGAGGGCAGCUUGAACCCCAUCGCCGCUGGGUCCAGUCCCAACACACCACAGCCAGCGCCUGAGCAGUCGGCGCUGUGCCAGGGCCCCUACUUCCACAUCAACCAGACGCUCAAGGAGGCGCAUUUCCACAGCCUGCAGCACCGGGGCCGGCCGCCCACCUGACCCGCGGCCUGGCCUUCUGUGAAGGGACAGCGCCCGCACACGGCAUAUCCCCAGGCGGAUGUUGGAAACUUGCACAAAGAUGCCUGUUGGCUUUUCACUCUAUAUUUGAAAUAACAGCUUAACAGGUGGUUGUUUACUUGUGGUUUUGCUGCACUAUUGCAAUUUCAAAGGGGCUUCGGAGCAAUUUUUUUAUAGGAAUCUUUUGAGGGUGGGUCUCAAUCUCUGUCAAGGUUAACAGUAUAAGGAAAUCUCAUCUGCGUGUUGAACCCAUAGUUUGUCUAAUUCCGACCGAUCUCCAAACCUGUCCAUUAGAAAUUCUACUUGAUGUAAAAAAAAGGCCUUUUAAAUGCGGGAUCUUCCAAUUUUUUUAAUUCAAUAAACUAGUAAAGAGUA